UUUUCCCACCCGCGUCCCCUGUUUAACCUGCACGGAGCUAAAAGGCCUGUAAAAGAUACAAGAAGGAACAGAAGGGAGUUAGUUCUCUAAAACAAGAACAAAAAGAGAGAAAGGAGUGCCAGAGAUUAUAACAAAGCAAAGGAAACUAGCAAAAAUGGUGGCUAAUCAAGCCCGGCAACUGGCCGUUGAUCUCAUAACUUCAGAUUUCGGUGAUCUCGUUGCAAAAGUGUGCAAAUGCCUUCUUAAAAAGGGAGCACUCCCACUAGCAAGGUUGGCCAUGGAGACGGAGCUCCCUCGUGAACAAUUAAAGAAGUGCCUUUUGGUUCUCAUACAACACAACUGUGUACAAGCAUUCCAAACCAAGAAAGAAGUUGGAGGCAGGGUUAUGUCUACAACAGAAUAUACUGCAUUGCUGGAUGACAUUAUUCAUAGGCUGCGGUUUCCCAAGUUCUUGAUACUCAUCAGGGACCAAUUCGAUGAGCAGUGUGAGUGUCUUCUUGGGAUCUUGCUCAGUCAUGGUAGAUCAACCUUUGAACAACUAAUGCAACGGCUAUUUGAAAACCAACCUGAAGUGAGUGGCGAUAUUACUGAUCAAAUGAGAACACGCUUUGCUAAGCUUGUUCAAGCUCGCUACGUGGAGCGUUGUCCAGCUUCUGAACCGCAACUCGUAUUGGACUCGGAAGAGGGAACAAUAACUAAAAAGAAGCUCAAAGAAAUUGUGACAGAUGAAGAACGUGCUGUCAUGGCUGCAGCCCCCUUGGAAGCUGAGAGGUUCUCAUUUCCCACAUAUUCUGAUAAUGAUGCUUCUACUGAAUCUGAAAUUAUGGCAGAUCAAAGUAUUUUAGUGGGGGAAAAGAGAAAGCGUGGGGUCAUGGAGAUGGAUGAUGAUUCCAUUGUUUUAGCUUGUGAGAAAGAUGUUCUCUGGCGUGCCAAUUUUGAGGAAUUUGUAUGCAGUCUUAGACAUAAGGCCUGUAUAGCUAAUGUGAGACCAAGGUUGGACAUAGGGGCUGCAGUUGUUCUGGAAGCAAUACUUAAGGAGACGAGAGCCAAAGAAAAACAAAACAAAGCAGAAUAUUCAGCCCCUUUCUCGAUGAAUUCCAUUGUACAGGCAUUACUAGGAAGUCCUCAUGGCCAUCUGGAACAUGUUAGAGCUGCCCUUAACCAAUUGGGGGCCAGUUGCACAGGAGCGACAGAGGGAUCCUACAGAAUAAGUCUAAAGAAAAUAAUUGAAGCUGCUCAAAAUAGUGAGAUGGAGUCUAUUGUGCUAAAAAGAUACGGAAGCGAGGGUUGCAGAAUAUUCAGAUUGUUGGCUGAUAAAAAUGGCAUGAUUGAGCAAAAACAGAUCCCAAAUCUGGCACUUAUAGAGACAAAGAAAGCAUUUGAGCUUCUCUACAAGCUCAUGAAAGAUGACUACUUGCAGAUGGAGGAAGUGGCAUCAGCCCAAGGGAAGUUGUUUUUGUGGAGAGUGAACAGAAGUUCUCUUCAGGAAAAAAUUUUGAAUGACAUGUACCAUGCAGCUUCAAACUUGUGUCAGCGGCUUGCACAUGAGACAACAGAAGAGCAUGAGCUUCAGCUCCUAAAGAAGAAUCGAAUCACUGAGCUUCAAGAGAAGAAAGUCGAUCGCAUAAGGAAAGUGAAACCGAUCUUGGAGGCAUCUAUUUUGAGGCUUGAUGACUCUAUAAUGCUCUUUCACAACUUUUGAAGAAGAGGUAUUAUAGUUAUUUACUCCUCUCACCUAGCAUAAAGGGUAGUGCCUGUUUAUUGUUCUUUGGGAAGUUGAACCUACUUUAACAGAAUUCAGUAGUUUGGUACACAAUUUUGUCGGGCUCCCCAAAAGCUUUUGGUGUUCCUCCCCAAAGUUGAGAUGGUAUUGAUCAACUUACACUUGUGUAGGACCCCUAGCAUGGGGUCAUCAUUUGUUUGCUAAAUUGUAAGUGCGAAGUAGUGUGAACUGUGAAGUUAUGGUCUAGAAUGAGGAAUUGUCAGUACCUUAGUUCCUAUUUUUUGUUCGAAGCAGUAAAGUUUCGCAAUUUAGCAUGUAGUUGAUUCUCUCUC